AUGGCAAUUCUGGCGACCUUGGGUGUUGUGGCUGGAUCCUGGUUAUAUUUUCCUUCAUAAUAGUGGUUGUCACGGCUCCUUUUUCCAUUUGGUUUUGCAUAAAGAUCCUCACCAAAGACUCUGUGACGGUCAACGUGGACGGGGUAGUCUACUACCGAGUGCAGAAUGCCACCCUCGCCGUGGCCAACAUCACCAACGCCGACUCGGCGACUCGGCUGCUGGCUCAAACUACACUCAGGAAUGUGCUGGGGACCAAGAAUCUUUCUCAGAUCCUCUCUGAUCGGGAAGAGAUUGCUCACAGCAUGCAGGCCACCUUGGACGAUGCCACGGAUGACUGGGGCAUAAAAGUGGCGCGUGUGGAAAUCAAGGACGUGAAGUUACCGAUCCAGCUUCAAAGGGCCAUGGCGGCUGAAGCCGAAGCCGCUCGAGAAGCCAGGGCUAAGGUCAUCGCUGCGGAGGGUGAAAUGAACGCAUCCCGGGCACUUAAGGAAGCCGCGAUCGUCAUCUCGGAGUCUCCCGCUGCCCUCCAGCUCCGCUACCUGCAGACUUUGACCACCAUUGCCGCCGAGAAGAAUUCCACCAUCGUCUUCCCCCUGCCCAUAGACAUGCUGCAAGGGAUUGUGGGAAUGAGGCAGUAGCGAAGGCAGCCACGUUGGCGAAAGGGAGAAGGGAAGCUAGAUUAAAUGCAAACGUCAGCUUCGGCUAGGCGAGAAAUUGCAACCAUGUAGAGUUCCUAAGUAUUUGGCAUCAGCCAGUUCCUCUGCGUUGUCCCUCUGAACAAAUAAAUAGAAGUCCCAUUUUGCUUCUCCCCCAU